AUGUCUAUAAUUUCUAAAAACGGUUCAGAAAAGGUGUUCAUCUCCUCAACAAUUUCAUUGUGUGCCAUAAUAACAAUUACUUCAAUUUUUGUCAUAAUCUCUUUAUUUAAUGAUUUAAAUUCGUUUUAUUCUGAAAUUCAUAAUGAUUUGGAAGACUUUAAUGGAAUUGCUAAUGAUGCUUGGAAUAAAUUAAUUGAGGAGUCAAACGAUCAUAAUAUUUUAAAACAGAGAAUUUUAAACAGAGAUUUCGGCGCCAAUAUGAGCAACAACCACAAAAACCGUCAAUGUAAUUGUGGAAAACAACCAAAUAAUUGUCCGGCAGGCCCUCAAGGUCAAAAAGGCCAGCCUGGUAUUCCUGGGGAGGAUGGGGUAAAUGGUCAAGAUGGAAAGCCAGGAAUUAAUAGUGUGCCAGUUGAAGCCUCUCAUCCUACACAAAAUGGCUGUGUUAAGUGCCCAGCUGGUGCACCUGGCCUGCCUGGUCCUGUUGGAACUAUGGGGCCUCCUGGCUCUUCAGGAAUGCCUGGAAUGCCUGGAAGAAUGGGACAAAAUGGCGGCUUUGGCCCACCAGGCCCAGCAGGGGAUCAAGGACCGGCUGGAGGUCCCGGUCAACCUGGCGAAGCUGGAGCGCCCGGAAAACCUGGAAUGCGUGGACAAGGAAAGCCUGGACAUAAAGGACCUGCUGGACCACCAGGCUCUCCUGGUCAACUUGGAUCGCCUGGAGCAUCUCCUCCCGCAGGCACUCCUGGUCCAGCUGGUCAACCUGGCCGAGCAGGAGGACCUGGAGUUCCUGGCCCACCAGGACAGCCUGGUCGAGCAGGAGGGCAAGGUGUUCCCGGAUCUGAUGCCGAAUAUUGCCCAUGCCCUCCAAGAACAGGCGAGGUUUCACCGGGUGGAAGAACUGGUGGGUCACACCAUGCAUUGACUGACUAUGCUCCCAUGGAACAAAUCUCUAAAGUCGAAACAACAGUUCCUGGCAGUAAAUAUGAAGGUGAACAACCAGCAGCAGCUUCACCCUCUGUUAAACCUUAUGUUGCAGCGGAGGCUGCAAGUGAAAAGCCACCAGCAGCAGCUAGCCCUCAAUCUAGUGGAAGCUAUUCAGAAUAA